GAGCUUGCCCGGGGCAGGAGAGACGUGGCUCCGGUGCGGCUGUUCCGGCAGGCCGCCUCUCCCGUAUCAGCCCUCGGGUCAGCCCCGCGCCACCCCCAGCUACUCACGGGUUAACCCCCCACGCCGCCCGCCCGCUUCCCGGUGCCAAAGUGGGUGUUGCUGGAAUUCCUCUCUCCCUCUCCCAUAAUGAGGGGGCUGAGCUGUCCCUCCGAGGAGGGGGCAUGGUGUGGAUAAAAGAGACGAAAAAACAGAGAGGUUUCCAAAAAUAAAAAUCCUCCAGUACCCCUUCGGAAGGCCACAGCGACAAGGAGAAGGCGCGAAGGUACAGCCGCGGUGCGCGCCCAGCUGGAGACCCAGCGCGGACCUCAGGCGCAGGGCGCGCAGCCCCGGGCCCCUCCGCUGCCGAGCGCUUGCUCCAGGGAGAGCCCGGCCCGCAGUCCGACUCGGGGCUCCCUAGACCAGGAAAGGCCGGCCACCCGGAGGAGACCUGAGCGCAGCCUGCGGGCGGGCGGGCUCCCCGACUGCCCGGACUGUUCCCCACACGCACCGCUCCCCAGUGGCCCCGCGCCAUGAGGCCGCGGACCACCGCCCCCUGCCCCGAGCGCGCCCUGUGGAGCCCCUGGAGGAGCUUUCUGCCGCUCGCUCUGGCUCUCGUCGUGGGCAUAGGUCGUGCUCAGAGGUACCCAGUGGGAAGAUACGAGCCAGCUGACAGGGACGCAAGUCGGCUGUGGCGCCCUGGGAGCAGCCACCCGGCGGCGGCUGCGGCCAAGGUGUACAGUUUGUUCCGGGAGCAGGGCUCUCCACCCGCAGAGGUGGCCCAGCCCGACUGGGGGAGCCUCAGGAGGUCCACUGAGACGGAGGCCAGGAGGCCGCCCCGAGCUCAGCAGCCGCGGCGAGUCCGGCCACCUGCGCAGACCUGGAGGAGCAGUCCCUUGGGCCAGCAGCAGUUCGCACCCCGGGCCCCGGCCGCCCCGGCUCUCUCGCGCUUCGGGACCCAGCAGCGGCCUGGGGCUGCGCCCCCAACCCUGCCGCGAAGACCGCUCACGGGGAGGAAUGUCUGCGGGGGAAAGUGCUGCCCGGGAUGGACCACGGCAAACAGCACCCGCCACUGUAUCAAACCCGUGUGCCAGCCGCCAUGCCAGAACAGGGGCUCCUGCAGCCGGCCCCAGCUCUGCGUGUGCCGUUCGGGCUUCCGAGGAGCCCGCUGCGAGGAGGUCAUCCCGGAGGAGGAAUUUGACCCCCAGAACUCCAGGCCAGCCCCCCGACGCUCAGCCGAGGGUUCACCCAACUUGCGCAGGAGCAGCCCCGCUCGAGAAAGCACAGCAGCCACGCCACUGACGCCACAGCUGCCACCAGCCAGGAGCCUGAGUGAGCGCAGCCAGACCCAGCCCCCCCAGCAGCGUGUGGGGCUGUCCCGGACCGUCCGACUUUACCCGGCCACCCCAGCCAAUGGCCAGUUGACUUCCAAUGCCCUGCCUGUGGGGCCAGGCCUUGAGCAGAGGGACGGCGCCCAGCAGGCAGUGUACCUGGACCGCCCGUCAUCCCCCUGGGGGCUGAACCUCACGGAGAAAAUCAAGAAGAUCAAGAUCGUCUUCACUCCUACCAUCUGCAAGCAGACGUGUGCCUACGGGCACUGUGCCAACAGCUGUGAGCGUGGCGACACCACCACCUUGUACAGCCAGGGCGGUCACGGGCAUGACCCCAAGUCUGGCUUCCGCAUCUAUUUCUGCCAGAUCCCCUGCCUGAACGGAGGCCGCUGCAUCGGCAGGGAUGAGUGCUGGUGCCCCACCAACUCCACCGGGAAGUUCUGUCACUUGCCUACUCCAAAGCUGGACAGGAAGCUUGCAGAGAGGGGCUCCCACCACAAGGCUCCCCCCGAGGGCCCUUUGAGGCAGUCCACCUUCACCCUGCCGCUCUCCAACCAGCUGUCCUCUGUGAACCCCUCCUUGGUGAAGGUGCACAUUCACCACCCGCCCGAGGCCUCCGUACAGGUCCACCAGGUGGCUCGGGUGCGGGGUGGGGCCGAGGAAGCCCCGGAGGAGAACAGCGUGGAGACCAGACCCUCAGCCCGGCUCCCUGCCAGCCCCGGCCACAGCUACCGGGACAGCAACAGCAUCCCCACUCGGUCUGGAGAGGCCCCUCAGCCACUGCCCCGAGCGGCACCCAGGCCUCGGGGACUGCUGGGCCGGUGUUACCUGAGCGCUGUGAAUGGCCAGUGUGCCAACCCCCUGCUGGAGCUGACCACCCAAGAGGACUGCUGUGGCAGUGUGGGGGCCUUUUGGGGGGUGACCUUGUGUGCCCCAUGCCCGCCCAGACCAGCCUCCCCAGUGAUUGAAAAUGGCCAGCUGGAGUGUCCCCAGGGGUACAAGAGACUAAACCUCACUCACUGCCAAGAUAUCAACGAGUGCCUGACCCUGGGCCUGUGCGCGGACGCGGAGUGCGUGAACACCAGGGGCAGCUACCUGUGCACCUGCAGGCCCGGCCUCAUGCUGGACCCAUCGAGGAGCCGCUGUGUGUCGGACAAGGCCGUCUCCAUGCAUCAGGGCCUGUGCUACCGGGCCCUGGGGCCCAGCACCUGCACGCUGCCUCUGAGCCAGAGGAUCACCAAGCAGAUAUGCUGCUGUAGCCGAGUAGGCAAAGCAUGGGGCAGCGAGUGUGAGAAAUGCCCCUCUCCUGGCACAGAGUCCUUCAGGGAGAUCUGCCCUGCCGGCCAUGGCUAUACCUACUCGAGCUCAGACAUCCGUCUGACUGUGAGGAAAGCGGAGGAGGAGGAACUGGCCAGGCCCUCGAGGGAGCAAGGGCCGAAGAGCGAGGGGACCCUGCCCCGGCCGGUGGAGAGGCAGCCACUCAGGGAAGUCACCAGCACCUGGCAGGAGGCCGAGACCAUCCCCGACAAAGGUGACUCUCAGGCUGGCCAGGUCACAGCCAGUGUUACCCAAGUACCUGCCUGGGUCCCAGAAGAUGCCACAGGAAGACCAACGCCACCACUGCCUGGACCUGGGAUUCCAGGGACCCGGGAAGAAGAACCAGUGACCACCCCAGCCAACGUGCUGGUGACCCCGGGCCCCCCAGAUACUGACAGAUGUGCCUCUGGAGCCACCAACAUCUGUGGCCCCGGAACCUGUGUGAACCUCCCAGAUGGGUACAGGUGCCUCUGCAGCCCCGGCUACCGGCUGCACCCCAGCCAGGCCUACUGCACAGAUGACAAUGAAUGUCUGAGGGACCCCUGCCUGGGAAAAGGACGCUGUGUCAACCAUGUGGGCUCCUAUUCCUGCCUCUGCUACCCUGGCUACACGUCAGCCACCUCGGGGACCACCCAGGGAUGCCAAGACAUAGACGAGUGUGAGCAGCCAGGGGUGUGCCGUGGGGGGCGCUGCACCAACACAGAGGGCUCCUACCACUGCGAGUGUGACCAGGGCUACAUCAUGGUCAGGAAGGGACACUGCCAAGAUGUUGACGAAUGCCGUCACCCUGGCACCUGCCCUGAUGGGAAAUGCGUCAACUCUCCCGGCUCCUACGCUUGCCUGGCCUGCGAGGAGGGCUACCGGGGCCACAGCGGGAGCUGUGUAGAUGUGAAUGAGUGUCUGACCCCUGGGGUCUGCGCCCACGGAAGGUGCAGCAACCUGGAGGGCUCCUUUAGAUGCUCUUGUGAGCAGGGCUACGAGGUCACCUCGGAUGGGAAGAGCUGCCAAGAUGUCAACGAGUGUGCCAGCCGGGCCUCCUGCCCCACGGGCCUCUGCCUCAACACCGAGGGCUCCUUCGCCUGCUCGGCCUGCGAGAGUGGGUACUGGGUGAAUGAAGACGGCACUGCCUGCGAAGACCUAGACGAGUGCGCCUUUCCGGGAGUCUGCCCCUCAGGAGUCUGCGCCAACACUGCCGGCUCCUUCUCCUGCAGGGCCUGUAACCAGGGCUACCGGCCCACCCCCCAGGGCCACACCUGUGAAGAUGUGGAUGAGUGUGAAGACCUCCAAAGCAACUGCCUGGGAGGCGAGUGCAAGAACACACCCGGCUCCUACCAGUGCCUGUGUCCCCUGGGCUUCCUGCUGGCCAAUGGCACUGUGUGUGAGGAUGUGGAUGAGUGCAUGGGAGAGGAGUACUGCGCGCCCCACGGCGAGUGCCUCAACAGCCAUGGGUCCUUCUUCUGUCUCUGCGCACCCGGCUUUGUUAGCGGCGAGGGAGGCGCCAGCUGCCAGGAUGUGGACGAGUGUGCAGUCACGGACUGGUGUCUGGGAGGGCACUGUGUCAACACCGAGGGCUCCUUCAGCUGUCUGUGUGAGACUGGCUUCCAGCCCUCCCCAGACAGCGGGGAGUGUGUGGAUAUUGACGAAUGUGAGAACUACGAAGGAGACCCGGUGUGUGGGGCCUGGAGGUGUGAGAACAGCCCCGGCUCCUACCGCUGUGUCCGGGGCUGCCAGCCCGGCCUGCACAUGGCCCCGACCGGAGACUGCAUUGACAUAGACGAGUGUGCCAACGACACCGUGUGUGGGAGCCACGGCUUCUGCGACAACACGGAGGGCUCCUUCCGCUGCCUCUGUGACCAGGGCUUCGAGACCUCAUCCUCCGGCUGGGACUGUGUUGACGUGAACGAGUGUGAGCUCAUGGUGGCCGUGUGCGGGGCGGCACUCUGCGAGAAUGUGGAGGGCUCCUUCCUGUGCCUCUGUGCCAGCGACCUGGAGGAGUACGACGCUCAGGAGGGGCGCUGCCGCCCGCGGGUGGCUGGAGGCCAGAGCGUCCCCGAGGCCCCGCCGGGGGACCACCUGUCAGGCCCCCUCCGCAUGGAAUGCUACGCUGGGCCCAGGGGCCAGCCACCCUGUGCCAGCCUCCUGGGCCGGAACACCACAAAGGCCGAGUGCUGCUGCACCCAGGGUGCCAGCUGGGGAGACGCCUGUGAGCCCUGCCCAGCCCAGGACUCAGUUGAAUUCAGCGAGAUCUGCCCUAGUGGCAAAGGCUACGUCCCUGUGGAAGGAGCCUGGAUGUUUGGGCAGACCAUGUACACAGAUGCUGACGAGUGCGCGAUGUUCGGGCCUGGUCUCUGCCAGAACGGCCGCUGCCUCAACACGGUUCCUGGCUACAUCUGCCUGUGCAAUGCCGGCUUCCACUAUAAUGCUGCCGGCAGGAAGUGUGAGGAUCACGACGAGUGCCAGGACAUGGCCUGUGAGAACGGCGAGUGCGUGAACACGGAAGGCUCCUUCCACUGCUUCUGCAGCCCACCCCUCACCCUGGACCUCAGCCAGCAGCGCUGCAUGAACAGCACCGGCGGCAUGGAGGACCUGCCUGACCACGACAUCCACAUGGACAUCUGCUGGAAAAAAGUCACCAAUGACGUGUGCAGCCAACCCCUGCACGGGCACCGCACCACCUACACAGAGUGCUGCUGCCAGGACGGCAAGGCCUGGAGCCAGCAGUGUGCUCUGUGCCCCCCCAGGAGCUCUGAGGUCUACGCUCAGCUGUGCAACGUGGCCCGGAUCGAAGCGGAGCGGGAGGCCGGGGUCCGCUUCCGGCCAGGCUAUGAGUAUGGCCCCGGACCCGAGGACCUGCAGUACGGUCUCUAUGGCCCAGAUGGGGCCCCCUUCUACAACUACCUGGGCCCUGAGGACGCCGUCCCUGAGCUGCCCUUCCCCAACACAGCCAGCCACCCAGGGGACCGUACCCCAGGCCCUGAGUCUCCCCUGCAGCCCUCAGAACUCCAGCCCCACUACGUGGCCAGCCAUCCAGAAUAUCAGGCCGGCUUCGAGGGGCUUCAAGCGGAGGAGUGCGGGGUCCUGAACGGCUGUGAGAACGGCCGCUGUGUGCGCGUGCGGGAGGGCUACACCUGUGACUGCUUCGAGGGCUUCCAGCUGGACAUGGCCCACAUGGCCUGCAUGGAUGUGAAUGAGUGCGAUGACUUGAACGGGCCUGCUGCACUCUGUGCCCACGGUCACUGUGAGAACACGGAGGGCUCCUACCGCUGCCACUGCCCCCCAGGUUAUGUGGCUGAGGCAGGGCCGCCCCGCUGCACUGCCAAGGAGUAGCAGUGAGGGGUCAGUGUGAGCAGCUACCUGGAAAUGGGCUCCGGUGGGGGCCUAGAGGACGCUUCUCUGGCUGGGAAAACACCACGAAGACAUCCGGCAGGAGGCCCUGUGGCCCUCUCCCAGCCAGCCUUGCCUGCUUAUCAUCUGUCCCAGCUUAGGCUCUGGCUGUGAGCUUGUCACUGCCUCCAUGCUGACAUGCCCUUGCUUGGCUCAAACACCACCAAAUGCUUUAAUGCUUCAGCCACUGACCAUGAGGCCCGGUCUGCCACCUGCCCUGGCCUCGCUGUGGGACGCUUACCAAAGGAUGGCCCUCGUUCCCCCCUCCAGCUGUGCAAACAUGCAAGGUCCUUUGGCCUCGCACUGCAGGCACCCUUUUCCAGCCAUACUCACAUGUCAUCCCGAUGAUUCCAAAACUGGGGCCCAGCCCACAUCUGUCCUGGGACGGUCCUUCAGACGCUAUGGAGCAGAAAAGGAUGGGAGGAAGUCUGGGGAGUGACUCCAAUGCCUCCUCCUAAAGCCAUCACAGCCGAUCUGGUCUGGACUGGAUUUCGCCACAUCAUCCUGCAGCCACUUCCGUGGCCCCAGGGAGGGGUGGAGGUCCCCUCAUCUCGGAGGAGGAGCAAGACUAAAACUGGAUUGUUGAGUGUGAGAGACACGUGAAGGGCAGCAAGGAGCCUGGGAAGAGGGCAACAUUAACAAUAGGGGAAAUCGAUUUUUAAAAGGAGAGCCAGGGCUUUACGCAAGUCUAAAGAAAAUACUCAGAACCUUCCAGUAAAUAAGCACCCCAAAUAUCCCCAGGACUGUACCUCCUGUGCACAGGGCUGCCACAGACACAGCACCCAUCUCCCAAGACCUGAAUUAAGUACAUACUGCUUCUUACAGGAAAUAAAUUUCUCCUGGGCUCUCCUUUUGUGGACACCAGUUUGAUGUGCUAAAAAUAAAGAGGUCUAUUUUCUAGCUUGUGAAAGCCAGCGGAGUCUUGUUUGGGGGGAAGCCGGAUUACCUUCGCUGUUGGUGCUCUCUCCUCAGAAGCCUCUGCCCUCUGCCCCUUCAUAAAGUGGCUGGCUGGCAUUCCUCUGAGUUUACAAGUAGAGACCAUCUCCAACAGUGGUGAGCUGGGAAUUCAGACCCACAGUAGAAUGAAGAAAUGUAGAUCUGGGCUCUUUUGUUUUUGUUCCACAUUAAACCCAAUUUCUUCACCAAGUCAGUAGAGUCUGAGUACUCCGGUGGCGGCCGUGCCCACUCCUGGCCAGCUCUGCCAACAGCCCACGACUGGGUUCCCCCAGGAAAAAGCUCUUUACUCUGCUAAGUCAAGGAAAGCUCCGACUUUGUACUCCUCUGGCGAACAGCAAUGCAAAUGAAUGAGGAAACGAAUGCUCUUUUCUUCACUGAAUCUGCCCUGUCCUUCCUGCUGCUCUGAGUGCCAGCUGUCACAGGGGAACUCACUGAACGCUUGCCCUGUGCCGGGCCGUGCUGAGUGCUACACGAAUUUCACUACUCAUCCAGCAAUCCUAUUUACUAUUUUUAUCCCCAACUUAGAGAUGAGGAAAUGGAGACACGCGAAGCUUCAAUAAUUUGUUCUAGGUCACUGCACU